AUGGCUGCUGUUAAGAAGGCUGAAGAUGUUGUGAACGUCGAUGUAUACUCCGUUAAAGGUCUUCUUAGUGUAGGUCACCGUUAUUUAGACGUCAGAACCCCUGAGGAAUUCAAUAAAAGUCACGUGGAUGGAGCUUUCAACGUCCCUUACAUGUUCAUCACACAAGAAGGUAGAGUGGAAAAUCCAGAUUUUCUGAGCCAAGUUUCCGCAAUUUGCAAGAAGGAUGAUCACUUAGUCGUGGGUUGCAAUAGUGGGGGCAGAGCACGUCGUGCUUGUGUCAACUUGCUUAAUGCUGGUUUUGAGCAUGUGAACAGCAUGGAAGGGGGUUAUUCCAAAUGGGUGGACAGUGGACUCGCAGGGGACAAACCAGCCGAAACGUUAAAAACAGCCUGCAAAUUCCGCCCCUAA